GUUUGUUGGGAGGAGACUCGCUCGCUGACUUUCCCUAGCAAAGGAGACAAGGGGUGUGCGCUCCCUUCUUGUCUUUCCCAGAUUCGGGAUCAGUCGCACCUCCUCCGAAUCGCUCUCCUCCGCACCGAAGCCCGUCCACAUGGAGCCAUCCCCUCUUCGCCACCUUCACUGAUGACUGGCUCGCUGCGUGAAAGUUUCAAAAUAGAAGAAAAAAGGAGCUUCGUGACUUUUUCGUUGACUCGUUAAACGGCUAGUGUUUAGUCGCUUCUGACGUGGAGAUGGCAAUGUUGCUGUUGCUUUUGCAGUGUUAUGUGCUGUCGAGUUUUGUGUGUCACGCGAUCGCUUUCGUGGAGGAGCCAUCCGGAGGUAGAGUGGACGGUUACUGCGGGCGGAUCCUACGGGCACAGACCCAGGGGACCCGGCGUGAUGGGCACCAUGAGUUCCGCCUCAGAAUGGAAGGCGACCCGGAAGCCUACCAGCCUGGCAAUACCUACAGAGUGAACCUCUUGGCAACCAGCCCUGCAUAUUUCAGAGGUUUUACCCUCAUUGCAUUGAAGGAGGGCAGGGAGGGCACCACAGAUGAUGACUACACUGGCCAGUUCCAGAUCAUUGAUGAAGAAGACACACAGUUCAUGACCAACUGUCCUCCUGCAGUUACUGAGAGCACACCUCGCAGACGAACCAGGAUCCAAGUUUAUUGGACAGCGCCACCUACUGGUAGUGGUUGUGUCAUACUAAAGGCAAGCAUUGUCCAGAAGAAAAUCAUCUAUUUCCAAGAUGAGGGCUCUCUUACCAUCCGGCUGUGCGAGAAUGAGCGUGUUCUUGGGGAGGCAACAGCAGACCCUGCCUUUGAGUGUUGUGCUUGUGGGACAGCUAAAUACAGACUCACUUUCUAUGGCAACUGGUCAGAGAAAGUGCAUCCCAAAGACUAUCCCAGACGGGCAAACCACUGGUCUGCACUGAUUGGUGCAUCGCACUCUAGAGGCUAUGUGCUCUGGGAGUAUGGAGGGUAUGCCAGUGAGGGGGUCCGACAAGUUGCUGAGUUCGGCUCUCCCAUCAAAAUGGAAGAAGAAAUUCGACAGAAGGGUGAUGAAGUUCUGACUGUCAUUAAAACCAAAGCUCAGUGGCCAGCGUGGCAGCCGCUCAACUUACGAGCUGCUCCAUCCGCUGAGUUCUCUGUCGACCAAACCCGCCACUUGAUGUCCUUCCUGACCAUGCUCGGGCCAAGUCCUGACUGGAAUGUGGGGCUGUCAGGGGAGGACCUAUGUACUAAGGAGUGUGGCUGGAUCCAGCGGCUGGUGACAGACCUUAUUCCCUGGGAUGCCGGCACUGAUGGGGGUGUCACAUAUGAAUCACCAAACACGCCCAUUAUCCCCCAGGAGAAAAUUCGACCUUUAACUAGUUUGGAUCACCCUCAGAGCCCUUUCUAUGACCCAGAGGGCGGGGCAAUUACCCCCAUGGCCAGGGUAGUGGUGGAGCGUAUCGCCAGGAAGGGUGAGCAGUGUAAUGUGGUCCCAGACGGCAUUGAUGACAUUGUAUCAGACAUUGGUCAGGAGGAAACUGAGAAAGAUGAUACACCUGAGACUUGUAUCUACUCUGGUUGGUCUCCCUGGUCGUCGUGCAGCAGUGCAUCAUGUGAAAAAGGAAGAAGGAUGAGGCAGAGGAUGCUUAAGGCCCAGCUAGACCUCAGUGUUCCGUGUCCCCACACUCAAGAUUUCCAGCCUUGUAUGGGCCCCGGAUGCAGUAUGCAGCAGCCAUCGGCAUGCAUGAUGUCGGAGUGGAUAAGCUGGUCGGCUUGCAGCAUUUCCUGUGGGAUGGGAAUCAGGUCCAGAGAGCGUUAUAUCAAACAGUACCCAGAGGAUGGAUCGCUCUGCCAACUCAACACAGAGGAGAUAGAGAAGUGUGUCAUCAAUGAGGAAUGCUCAGCCAGCAGUUGCGUGGUGACUGAGUGGGCUGAGUGGGAUCCGUGCAGUGUAUCCUGUGGGAUGGGUAUGAGAAGACGUGAGCGCAUGGUUAAAAUGCCUCCAAUUGACGGAUCAAUGUGUAAAACCGAAGUGGCUGAAGUUGACAAAUGCAUGAUGCCGGAAUGCUUUACCAUCCCAUGCAUGUUGUCUCCAUGGACUGAAUGGAGCGAUUGUAGCGUCACGUGUGGGCGUGGCCUACGGACGCGCCAGAGGAUGCUGAAGUCGGAUUCUGCAGAGUGCAAUGAAGAGUUGGAGCAGACAGAGAAAUGCAUGCUGCCAGAGUGUUCUAUUGAUUGCAUGGUCUCAGAGUGGUCUGAGUGGUCAGAGUGCAACAAGUCCUGCGGUAAAGGACACACCAUCCGGACCCGCAUGGUGAAACUGGAGCCACAGUUCGGGGGCAGCACAUGUCCCGAGACCAUUCAGCGGAGGAAAUGCAAGAUCAGGAAGUGUCGAUCAAAACCGAAGGAGAGAGGUGAAGGCAAGAGGAGAAGAAGAGGUAAACAGGGAAGAGGUACAGUGUUAGAGGAACAGUCAGGGUGUGGGAUUCAACCAUGGAGCAGCUGGACAGACUGCACCAAAUCAUGUGGCGGGGGCAUCCAGGAGCGUUUCAUGCUGAAGAAAAAAAAAGCUAAAAGCACUCUGACGGGCAACUGCAAGGACCGCAAGGAGAUACGCGCCUGUAACGUUAAUCCCUGCUAGGGGGCGCUGUUGGGAUAUACAGGGGAGUAGUGGGUAAAAAUGUUUCUAUGCGUGUAUUUGAUAUUACAAAAAUUAAAGAAUGUUGUUACUGCACACACGGGGCAGUGGCCAGCUGUGUGGUUAGGUUUUUGGGCUUAGUGGGGUGUCUCAAGAAUAAAAAAUGAGGUGAAGCCUAUGGGCACCUUUAGUGGACAGGGCUGAUUUUUUUUCCUUCUUCCUUUUACACUUUAAAACGACAGCGCUACAUAAAUAUUAAAGAGUAUUAGUACUCUAGCUUAGUUGUGUUUUGGUCAUUUUGGCAUCUCAGCCAUUAAAUAGAGCAACAUAUUAGAAACUGGGAUCACAAUGAUUUCCAGCAGUUCUCAGCAAAAUGCACAUCUGCUUGAUAGGAAAAUGUGUCAAAUUUUUAACAGCACAAUAUACUGUAUACUUAAAUAAUAUGUGACUAUACUUUCAAAUAAAAAAGAGGAAAUAACUUUUUUCCCCCUCAAUGCUAUCAAUUCCAAUUAACACCAGUUUUUAUUCUCUCAAAUCUCUGCAAAUCUGGCACUACUCAGCGCAGAGUAAAAAUGUAUCCUACUCAUUUCAUGUGAUAAUUGAGAUUUUCUAACAUGGGAAAAAUUCAUUUAACAUAGCGUGCUUAAAAUGUUUUAAUAAAUUAUCUGCUCAACUGAAGUGAAAUUAAUCAACAAAAAUAAUAAGUUCCCUUUGACUUGUUUGAAUAAAAAUAGCUAAUAUAUAAAAUAUUUUUUCAGCACAGUAAACCAUGUCAAACAUCCUGUUUUAGUAGGAACAUACUUAAACAGCUGUAAUAUUUGACAAUGAUGUGAACAAAAGAGUCUGUAAAGAUGAAUAAAUCGACUGUUUGUCUGCUAUCUAUACAACAUGUAUGAGUAGCAAAUCAUUACAAAUGGCUACAUUUAAUAUAUACUUCAAGUGAUUUUUUUUUAAUGAUAACAUUUGCCGUAUACUCUACUUGACACUAUCUGCCAUAUCAGCUGAUGUAGCAUUCGAACUGCAGUUUUUCUCACUUUAUUGUAUGCUUUGACAUUAGUUCUAACAAUUCACCAUAAAUUGCAACGCUAUAUGAGUAAAUCUGCUUUCAUCAAUCUGUGAGAGCCAACGACACCUUAAAAGUGUCUCAUUUGAUAAAUUGUCGGGUUGUCAAUUUUAUUGUGUUUUAGCCUUAAUUAGUCUUAGGGCUGUUGUUACUUUUUAUUGUAAUGUGGUAUUAACAUUCAGUGAUAUUUAUCAUUACCUAGGAAAUGAUGUCAUCUUUUCCUGUUUUGAUAAAGGUAACCCAAAGCUCUGAUGACUGCAGCCAUUUUUCUUUCUGAUCAUUGGGGAUUUGUCAGCUUUCACACUUUUUGUUGUGUUUCAAGACUUUUUCUUUCCCUCUUUUUCCCUUUUGUGAUGGUUUUGUAAAACACACACACUUGCAAUAAAUAAAUAAAAAGUGA